GAUACCCUGGCACCAAGCUUACGGAACAAACUGCUCCCGUUUAUGCUCUCUUUAGUACUGUUUUCUCCUCUGAUUUAGCUUCUUUAUAUCGCGAACUGCACGUACCUAAUUAGCCAGCGGACAGCGACUGCCCUUGUCCUUUGGCGUCGCGAUGGAGGCGCCGCCCCAAAACCAUGGUUCCUCCAAGGGGAUCAUGACUUUUCACCCCACGAUGGAAGAGUUCAAGAAUUUCAACCGUUACAUAGCAUAUAUGGAGUCACAGGGAGCACAUAAAGCUGGUCUAGCCAAAAUUGUGCCUCCUAAAGAGUGGAAGCCCCGGGCAACCUAUGAGAACAUUGAUGAUCUGGUCAUCCCCGCUCCCAUUCAGCAGGUGGUGACCGGCCAAUCAGGGCUCUUCACUCAAUACAACAUCCAGAAAAAGGCCAUGAGUCUGCGCGAGUUCAGGAAGAUGGCCAACAGUGACAAGUUCUGUUGUCCUAACUAUGAUGACUUUGAAGAUCUGGAGAGAAAGUACUGGAAGAACGUCACCUUUAACCCACCUAUUUAUGGAGCAGAUGUCAAUGGAUCUCUCUAUGAUCCAAACGUGAAGGAGUGGAACAUUUGUAACCUGGGCACUAUUCUGGACACGGUUGAGAGUGAGAGUGGCAUCACCAUAGAGGGCGUGAACACUCCAUACCUGUACUUUGGGAUGUGGAAGACCACGUUUGCCUGGCACACGGAGGACAUGGAUCUCUACAGUAUCAACUACCUGCAUUUUGGAGAGCCCAAGUCCUGGUACUCCAUUCCACCAGAGCAUGGGAAACGGCUGGAGCGCCUAGCUAAAGGGUUCUUUCCUGGUAGUGCACAAAACUGUGAAGCUUUUUUAAGACACAAGAUGACUCUUAUUUCUCCAUCAAUACUCAAGAAAUAUGGGAUUCCAUUUGAAAAGAUAACUCAGGAGGCUGGUCAGUUCAUGGUGACAUUUCCCUACUCGUAUCACGCUGGAUUUAACCAUGGUUUUAACUGUGCUGAGUCCACUAACUUUGCCACUGAGAGAUGGAUCGAGUAUGGCAAGCAGGCGAUUUUGUGUUCGUGCCGCAAAGACAUGGUGAAGAUUUCCAUGGACGUGUUUGUGAGGAAGUACCAGCCGGAGCGGUACGCCCAGUGGUUGGCGGGGCGAGACGUGGUGCCCAUCGACCACUCCAGACCCACCCCAGAGGCCAGAGAGUUCUUGGGGGAGAGCUCCAGCGAGGGCAACCUCUGUGGAGGAAUUGCAGAGGAGAAUGGGGACUGCAAGAGCACUACUCAGAGGAUUGAGACGAAGAGACACAGGGUUUGCCUUGAUGUUCCAGUGGAAGUGGUUCCCAAAGAGGAAAACUUGGACGAGCAAGAUCAGGAGUACGGGAAACGCCCCAGACUGAGCCUCAUUCCUCCUCGAAACAUCUCCCUGGACGCCAAGAGAAACAAAGGUCCCCCAAAGCUGGUCGUUACCCCCACCAAGCUCACCUUACUGGACCCCUUCCACCGAAGCUUUUCCCAAACCAACUCCAACCCUUCCCAGCCUCCACACUACGCCAGGACCCGCCCACCCUCGAUCUCCUCCCAGAAUGGCCACCUGUCUCUGUCCGCCACGCCCAAACGCAAGAUGGGCGUGGCCAGUCUGCUCUUCCACCGCCCCCUCAGCCCAAAAGACAUCCUGCAAGUCCACAACUACACCCAGGACAUACAGAAGAGGCCGCCCACUCAGCUCCAAGUGCACAGCUACGCGAGGGAGCAUCAGCACCACCCACGGCCACCACCAAACAAAGUGACCCCUCAAACCCCGGUAACGGUUAAACAAGAAAGCGAAGAAGGCAGUCCAUCGAAAGUGAAGCCUGAGCCAGUGGAGAAGGUGCAGGUGAAGGCAGAGGAGCUGAGUGAGAGCAGAGCCUCUUCGGAGUCCAGUAGUCCCAUGUCCUCUCCAGUCAAAGUGGACAAGAACAGGAGAAAGAGUUGCCAGUCUCCGCUUGUGGACAGUGACAUUGUAAUUGUGACAGACACCUUCACUGACACAGCACCGCUUUGUGCUCAUACUGAGGUGGUCUCUGGGGAUGUGUCAGAGGAGGAAUCGUACUGUAAAUCGGUGGUGAAGAGGAGGCAAAGGCAGAUGGGGCUGCCCUCCCUGCCCCCCUCCCACCCACUCUUCGCUGAGGUCAUCCACGAGACCAACUUGCCAAGGAAGAUAAACGAGGAGUGGGCCCAGCCACUGACAGAUCUGUGGCAGCAGCGGCCUGAGAACCCCACAGCAGAGAGGGAAUACAACCAGAGGAUGAGCCAACAGCCCCCAUACUGCUCCAUCUGUCUGCUCUUCUACACACACCACCAGUCUGAGUGUGGUGGCGACACUUCUUUAGUAACCCGUGGAAACUGCCAGUGGUCCAAACCUCUGAUCCCUGAGAUGUGCUUCAACACCCAAUCAUCUAAGGCCUUUGACAGCUCCGAGGGCCAGCUGUCCAACCCUUACAUAGCAGAGGAUGGAACUAGUCGCUUAGUCACCUGCGGGCGAUGCUGUGUCCGCGUGCACACCAGCUGUUAUGGCAUCUCUGAAGACGAUGAGGACUUGGAAGACUGGCAGUGUGCUCGCUGUAGGGACAAAGCUACAUCACAGGACUGCUGUCUGUGUACGCUCAGAGGAGGAGCACUGCAAAGGGCCAACAAUGACAAGUGGGUGCAUGUGCUGUGUGCCAUUACUGUUCUGGAGGCGCGCUUCGUCAACAUCACCCAGAGGAGACCCGUUGACCUGUCUGCCAUCCCUCUCUCGCGCUUCAGACUGAAAUGCGCUCUGUGCCGAACGCGGUUGACCUCCGAUACCCGCGGGUGCUGUGUGCAGUGCUCCCAUGGGCGCUGCUCCACGGCCUUUCAUCCCACAUGUGCCCAGGCCGCCGGGAUCCUGAUGCACCCCGAUGACUGGCCCUUCAUCGUCUUCAUCACCUGCCACAGACACAGAGCUCCCAGCGCUCCAGAGCGUAACAAGAGCGCGCAGAAGGACUUGAAGGUGGGGCAGAAGGUUAUCUGUAAGCACAAAAAUGGCCGCUACUACCACAGUGAAGUCUCCGCCCUCACCACAGCCACCUUCUACGAGGUGGUGUUUGACGAUGGCUCCUACAGUGACAAUUUGUUCCCUGAAGACAUCGUGGACCGGGACUGUGUGACUAUGGGCCCUCCUCCUGAAGGAGACCCAGUACAGGUCAGAUGGACAGACGGGCUGCUCUACGGCGCCAAGUUCAUAGCAGCGCAUUCAGACCCCGUGUUUCUGGUGGUUUUUGAGGACGGUUCUCAGGUGAGUGCGAAGCCAGACGACAUCUACACACUGGAGGAGGACCUGCCCAAACGAGUCAAGUCCCGAAUGUCAGUAGCUUCAGACAUGCGUUUCAAGAACUUCACCGAACCCAAGGUGAGAGAGAACUCCAAACGACAGCGCGUCAUCAACUCCAGGUACAGGGAGGACUACAUCGAGCCCAGCAUCUACAGGGCCAUCCUGGAGUGAGGCCCUCCCCUUUAAGAUCCUGCUGGAGCCCUGCCCCUUUAAGACUUUAAGAGCCCCCCGUCACUCCUGUCUGCUCCCUUUUCUCAGGACUGAACCAUUUAUCACAAACUCUACAGCUACUCACAAUGACUCAAUGACUGUUGGCAGUACUAUUUAUUCAAGAAAAGUGUUUAUUUUUAUCAAGUUUUAUCACUUUUGAAGUUGUCGAAACUGGACUCAUCCUAGGGUAGAAUUAAUAAAUGUUCAGUAUAGUAGUUUUGGGGAAUAGAUGGAGAGUAGUACUUACAGUGACAUCUCAAAAAAAUUAUGACUUCUAUCUGUCAAAUAAUAUAUCUAAUGCUGGCAUCAGGAAUGGAGUCCAUCACUUCCUUGCCCUUGGAGAAUUAUGUACGCUCAGCCGAGAAUGUUCCACAGUAUGGCAUUAAACUUCCCUGUGUCACAUUUGCACAUAGCGUUUCUGUUGGUCAAAAAUAUCUUGGAAAAACGGAGCGGGGUCAUCUCUCCACAGAUCAGACUUUUUACUUGAUGGAUUAGUUUAAUGACAUAGUGUGAACAUUCCAGGUUAAGCAACAACCAUUGAGCCAAGAAGAUGGAAAAGUUACAUAGUGCGACUUUAAAUCAUGGGGUUAAAGGUUAUUUAAAGAUACAUAAUCAACAUAAACGUUCUUUUCUUUUAGUUCAGUCUGUUUUUAAGCUAACGACUUAUUUCCUUGAUGUGGUUACUUAUUACUUGCUAAAAAUGCCCAGUAUUGUAUUCGUCAAAACCAAAUUAUGUACUUUAGCUCAUAUCAUAGCAUUUAGCCAUAGUCUCCAAUAGAAUGUUACGUCAUUUCACUCAAUCCUCGUACCCGUUGCUACGUUUGUCGUCAUUAGCAUAGCCUGGCUAGCCAUACCUAUUCUAUCCCUUCAAGCAUCAUCCGUUUCUGCUCCAAAUUUGAACACAAGCACUUAAUGAAAUGAGGUAAAUGUUUGUAUUGUAAAGAAAAUAUUUUGUCUUUCGCUAUUUUGAGCUUCAAACUUUGGUAGAUUUUAGUUUUUUCUAUUGAGAAUUGUAACUACUGUAGACUAUUUAUAAGAGUGACUCGCGUUUUGAAAAGCUAAAACUAUUUUUGGCCCAAAUAUAUUUAUUAUUUUUCCAGUCUUAAGUUUGUGAAUGUUCCCGAAUGGUAACUCCGGCUCGGCUAAUGUUGCCUGUUAGACUCCUAGACCUUUUCAACUGAAGUAAUGUAUAUUUCAAUAAUGACUCUCUGAUUUCAUUGUGGGACUUGUGUGUCUUAUCUGGUGUAAAAAAAGGAAAUUCUCAUCAGGCCAAGGAUUGUCUGUACACACUUUGUAACAGAUUAUUUCAGUAAAGUUUUGGGAAAUUG